AUAUUUUUAGAUAAUGAAUUUAAUUAAACAUGGAAAAAACAUGGUUGACCAACUUGGAGGAUACAAGAAUGUUUUUUACAGGUUUCUUCGUGAAUGUACUGUUCGAGUUGGAACGCAUGUAGGCACAGACAAAUUUGGAAAUAAGUAUUACAAAAAUAACAGUUAUUUUAUGGGAAGAAACCGAUUUGUUGAGUACCCUUACAAAGGUCGCAUGGAGUACGAUGGAACCCAAAUCCCUCCAGAAUGGCAUGCAUGGAUGCAUUAUAUGACCGAUGAUACUCCCAUAAUCAACCCACCCAUUGUUCAAAAAUUUGCUCGUGAUCAUGUCACUAAUAUGUCUGGUACAAAGAAUGCAUAUAUUCCUUACUCUACAACAAAACCAAAAAUAGAAGCUUGGAAACCAAAUCAACAAUAAAAACUUUUUAUUUUAAUUUUGAAUAAAAAUAUUAAAUUAAGCCAUUUUAAA